CCGUGCAGCUGGUGCAGUGCACAGAGGCCGCGCACUUCGGAAGCUGUUACUGGUUGCUGUAAGCUGCCAUUCUCCUCCCGCGUGGCCGUAGUAACAGCAGUGACUCGAGUGAUCCGUGGUGUAAAGUGCAACGAGACGCCUGACGAGGAGAGACAAUUAACGGGCACCCGCGUAAAUAAACGCUCCAAAUAUCGGGACCAGCGGCGUCAUCGACCCUUGCGUGUGCUUGGGGCGACGCCGGACAACGCAGCCAAGCUCGACUACGGCAGGCGAGCCUUGGGGUGGAUCACCACGUUUCCGACGAGGGCGUAGUCUUGGUCCUCUGGCAAAGACUCACGCUCUGUUGCCGAAGGGUUCUUUCUUACGGAGGGGGGGAGGGUCGCGCCAGAUUGUUCAGAAGCCAAUCUACAGCUGCCGUCCCAGAUUGUUCUUCAGCCCGCUGUAGUAGCUCGAUCGGUCCCCAGGUGGGCACCGGGAGCAAGCAGAAAGCAGCAACAAGACAAGCAAGAGGAGACAACAUGGCGGCGGAUUCGACGCCGGUUCGUCAUCGCCGUGACCACUGGGCAGCAGCAGUGACGCGCCAGCGGCGGCAGCUCCCGAGCGAGUGGCGCCGUCUCGUCACACCGGCAGGGUCAUCGUCAUCGUCGUCGUCGGCGGCGGCGGCGUUGGCGGCACGUCCCCGAAGCCGGCGGCCAACAUACCGGACGGUAAAGGCCGCCCGCGGGAUCCCCGAGGAGCGCGGCCGCUGCGCGACAGGCGACGCCCCCCAGAAGGCCGCCGGCGGCGGCGGCACCAAGACUGGGUCACGACGGCGGGGUGUACAACAGGGACGCUGUCGUACGGAACCCUCAAGCGGAGGUGAAGGAAGGCGCGACGGGAGAGGGCUGCCGCUGCUGCCGCUGCUACCGCUGCUGCUGGUGCUGCUCCUCGUUCACGUGUCGUCGCCGCGAGACCAGGGAGGGUGGGGCCUCAUUCCUGGGGCGAGCGCGGAGCUCCGCCCGGAGUCCGACCUGACGUCCAACUGCUUCGACUUCCCGGCGAACAACUUCGACCGCGAGAACUCGAUCAAGGCCGUGAACGGGGGAAACACGCCGUACCUCCCGCUGACGGUGGGGGAGGACGCCGUCGACUUCACCUUGCACGACCUCAAAGGCCGGCGGUGGAACCUCGGGGAGACCCUCGAGCGGACGGGCCUGCCCGUGGUGAUGGUCUGGGGCAUGUUCACCUGCCCCGCGUUCCAGGGGUACGGGACGUACCCCCCCUGGGACAAGUGCGGCUACCGUGACGAGUACGACCUGGUGGAGGCGUACGGGGGCAAGGCGACGUUCGUUCACCUCUACGGCCCAGAGCCGCACCCUGCCAUGCCCGGGACAAACUUCGACAUCGGCACGACGUGGCAGGCGUUCUGGUCCGUCUUCCAGCAGGCCACCCGCUACGAGGAGCGGGUGGCCAUGGCCCAGAGAAUAGGCCGCCGGAUCCAUCCAUCUCAGGACAUCCUGGUAGACUACUUGCCGGGAAACCCGUACAGCGAGCUCAUCCAGCCGGUGUGGUGCUCGUACUCGAUGGGGGCAAGGCCGGUGACGGUGGUGUCCCCGGACGGGAAACUGUUCUUCCAGAGGGGAUGGUUCCAUUCGGAGCACGUCGGCAGGGCGAUCGACGAGUACUGGUGCCAGCAGGAGCAGCAGCAGGAGGAGGAGGCGGAGGCUCUGAGGCGGCGGGGCGGAGACAGCCCGCUGCGACAACGGGACAGGCUCCGCCAGGAAGAGGGAGGGGGGCUGGGAGGCUUCCACGGCACCGCAGGUGGGGGAGAGGGGCCGCCCCCGGGGGAGAGAGAAGGGGGACCGGCAGCGACAGUGACAGCGACAGCGGGCGGUGUUGGCAGCAGCAGCAGCGGUGGCGCAGGAGGGGGAUACGUCUCCGGAAGCGAUAUAUUUAGCGGGGCCCCGAGAAUCGCCUCCUGGACCUCGUGUCUCUCCGCCGAGGAGGGGACGAGCGACACCGCCGGCGACAUGGGAGAGCCUGGCAUCCCGCCGCUGGCGGGAGUGUUGACGCGCAGGGGCGAAGAGGGUCCCUCCUCCUCCACACCCCCGUGGUAGGCAGAGUACGAGAAGAAUGGCGACAUAUUCGUUGCCAUUGAAAGGAGGUGCGGAGGGAUAGGAGGAUUAAACGUGGCUGGCUGUGCAGCUAGUGAAUGAUGGAGCUGGCUCUUGUGCGGCGUAGUGGUGCGGUCUCCUGUGACGGAGGCCGCACGAUGGAGCUUGGUCGCAUCUCCUCUGCCUUUGUGUGUGGGUGUGUCUACUCACGACCUACAGCAGUAGAUCGCUUUUCGUCCACUACAAGGUUGCUGGAAAAAAAAUCCCGCCGGAAAAAAAAAAACGGAAGCGAACCCACGAAUUGCCGCUAGGGAGUCGUGCUGACUAACCUCUAGACCACCCUAGCUUCGAGAAUUAUUUUUUUGAUGCCUGGUCAAGAUUGACGGAUUUUCCUGGGAGGGCGUUGACAGUUUUCUGUGACAUCGACAGUUUUCUGGGCGUUGUUGCGGGAGCAAGGAUGUUCUGGGGAACCCAUAGUUCAUGUCCGGUAGUAGAGGACUGCUGCUUGCGCCAAGAUAACGGGAAGUCGAUGCGGGGUUUGUACAAAACAACAGGGAUGUGAAAAAUGGGGUGAGACAGGGGAUGGGGUGUCAGAACGCUGAGUGUGCUUCACACGCUUGCUUGAAGGUCCUAUUCACGGCCGCCCCCCGGCGUACGGUGUUUUCCCUCAUGUGGGUUGGGGUGAUGAUUACGUCUGUAAGUUUUUGGUGCCGUGGUUGAGCCUGGCUGUAUAGGAACAGCACUGAACAGCAGUGCUGAAAAUGAGCUGUUGACAAGCGCCCGAAUGCGAAGCGUGGGACAUCAGGGCACAAGUGAGCCUUGGCGUGUCAUGCUUCAGGCCUUGUUUGGGUCCCGCAGUGAGGUUUGGGUGACAGUGGGAGCUGAAUACACGUGUACGAUUCCAUUCUACUUUCCCAGACCAGGACAAGCCAAAAUUCGCAAGACGAAGAUUCGAGUGAUUAAGUACCGUAUAUGACACAAG